UCAGUCCAGUGCAACAGAAUAUCUGAUCCUCCCUCGAGCCGCAGGAACGGUCCUCCAACUGACAACAUGGCGAGUGUUCGUGCUGCGUCCCGUUUUCUGUCCAAGAAGGCGCUGUUUAAGACGAAAGCAGUCCCUGCUGCUGCAGUUCAGGGCUCCAGGAACUUUCACUUCUCCAUCUAUGGCAAGGGGAAAGAUGCCAAAGUGUCAGAUGAUAUCUCCACUCAGUAUCCAGUUGUGGAUCAUGAGUUUGAUGCUGUGGUGGUAGGAGCUGGAGGAGCGGGACUCAGGGCAGCCUUUGGACUGUCAGAGGCUGGCUUCAACACUGCCUGUGUCACCAAACUCUUCCCAACCAGGUCUCAUACUGUCGCUGCACAGGGUGGGAUCAAUGCGGCUCUGGGAAACAUGGAGGAGGAUGACUGGAGGUGGCAUUUCUAUGACACAGUGAAGGGAUCUGAUUGGCUCGGAGACCAGGACGCCAUCCACUACAUGACAGAACAGGCUCCUGCAGCUGUAGUGGAGCUGGAGAACUUUGGCAUGCCAUUCAGCCGCACUGAGGAUGGAAAGAUCUACCAGAGAGCUUUUGGAGGUCAGAGUCUAAAGUAUGGAAAAGGAGGCCAGGCUCACCGCUGCUGCUGUGUAGCUGACAGAACAGGACACUCACUGCUGCACACACUUUAUGGAAGGUCGCUUCGUUAUGACACCAGUUACUUUGUGGAGUACUUUGCCCUGGAUCUGCUGAUGGAAAAUGGAGAAUGCAAAGGCGUGAUUGCUCUCUGUAUGGAGGAUGGUUCUAUUCACCGCUUCAGAGCCCAGAAUACCGUCAUCGCUACUGGGGGAUAUGGAAGGGCCUAUUUCAGCUGCACAUCUGCACAUACAAGCACAGGAGACGGAAAUGCAAUGGUGACCAGAGCUGGCCUGCCCUGCCAGGAUUUGGAGUUUGUACAGUUCCAUCCAACUGGCAUCUAUGGAGCCGGUUGCCUGAUCACAGAGGGUUGCCGUGGUGAGGGAGGCAUCCUGAUCAACAGCGAGGGAGAGCGCUUCAUGGAGCGCUACGCACCAAACGCCAAAGACCUGGCCUCCAGAGAUGUUGUGUCCCGCUCCAUGACCAUUGAGAUCAGGGAGGGCAGGGGUGUCGGCCCAGAGAAGGACCACGUUUACCUGCAGCUUCACCACCUGCCUCCUCAGCAGCUGGCCACAAGGCUGCCUGGUAUCUCAGAAACAGCCAUGAUCUUUGCCGGCGUUGACGUCACCAAGGAGCCCAUCCCUGUCCUCCCCACCGUUCAUUACAACAUGGGUGGAGUUCCCACAAACUUCAAGGGACAGGUGAUCACUCACAGCAACGGUGAGGACAAGGUGGUGCCUGGACUGUAUGCCUGCGGCGAGGCUGGAUGUGCCAGCGUCCACGGUGCUAACAGGCUGGGUGCUAACUCACUGCUGGACCUGGUGGUGUUUGGCAGAGCCUGCGCCCUCACAAUUGCUUCAGAGCACAAACCUGGAGAGAAACUGUCCCCACUGAAGCCCAGUGCAGGAGAGGAGUCUGUGGCCAACCUGGAUAAGCUGAGGUUUGCCAACGGAAGUCUGAGAACCUCUGAGAUCAGGCUCAACAUGCAGAAGACCAUGCAGGCCCACGCUGCAGUGUUCCGUACCGGCUCCGUUCUGAAGGAGGGAUGCGAUAAGAUGGAUGCCAUUUACCAGACCAUGGAUGACCUCAAGACCUUCGACAGAGGCAUUGUAUGGAACACAGACUUGGUGGAAACACUGGAGCUGCAGAAUCUGAUGUUGAACGCCGUCCAGACCAUCCACUCCGCUGAGCAGAGGAAGGAGAGCAGGGGAGCCCACGCCAGAGAGGACUUUAAGGAUCGUGUCGAUGAGUAUGACUACUCUAAGCCCCUGCAGGGUCAGGAGAAGAAGCCCUACGAUCAGCACUGGAGGAAGCACACACUGUCCUACGUCGACCCCAAGACUGGAAAGGUGACCUUGGAGUACCGACCUGUUAUCGACGCCUCUCUGGAUGAGCAGGACUGUGCCCACGUUCCUCCCGCCAUCCGCUCCUACUAAGAAGUUUUCCUCUUGUCCCUACCCCUCUCCUCCAAUGUCCACCUUACUCCAAUGCUGAAUUCAUUUAACUGAUAUUUAAGAAGAUGCGUUUUCUGUCCCAGAGAUGACUUUUUGGGACAAAUUCUGCUUUCUUGUUGCACAUUUGUAUCCAUUUUAGAGUUGUUCAAUACAAUACCGUCUGGUCAA